GUGCGUUUCCGACCUCCAUCGACUAUGUUCGGUCUCGCUCGGUUUCAUAGCCUCCCGCCGAUCACGACGACGACGACGACGACGACGACGACGACGACGACGACGACGACGGCAACGGCAGCGACGGUAACGACCACGACGACACCGACGACGACGACGACGGCGACGAGGAUGACGAGAAUGACAUCCCAGGAGGAAAUGAAAGCAGCGAGCACGAAGGAUACGUUGGACCAGUGGGCGGGAAAAAGUGUUUGGUCGUUGGUGUGCGCGAUGGAAUUGGGCCUGAUAUCGGAUACGACCGCCUCUCGCGGCAACGUCGAGGUCUCGUCUCGCUCCGAGGUCGCGGCCAAAUCGCCGCGAAACGCAUCGUCAUCGCCCCCCUUACGGAUCUCGCCACGGUUGAGAACCGUAACGCCGCGGUUUGGAAAGAAACGUGCCAACGUAGGACGAAGAGGAAGAAGAAGAGGGAAACGAGGGUCGAAAUCUGGGAAGAAAGUGGGGAGGAAGGUGUACGCGAACGAUUCAACGAUCACUGUGGAUCAAUUUUGGAGAUCUCGCAAGAGAAAACUCGGCCGGCCGAAGAAGCAAAACCGUUCCGCCGAUCUGCUGUCCUCCUCGUUCAGUCGUCCGACUUUGUCCCACGGCUCGUGUCGAACGACUCGGUCGCGCUCGGUCAGCAAUAACAAUAACAAUAACAACAACAACAACAACGACCUUCUCGCCAACAGCACGGACGCUCCACGCUUCGAGCGACGAGUGUCUCGCGACAAUAACGGCGCGUGGAAAAAUUCGUCGAAAACUGUGCUCCACGAAAAAACGAACGACGAAAAUACGAACGAGAACGAUGUUAACGAAGGGAAGGGAUUCGAGUCGAAGGAUAAAGGGAAACGGGACUCGACGGAAUCGACGAAAUUCGAGGAGAUUCACACGCUUCCUUUGAUGAAGAGAAUUUUUCGCGAGAGUGGUGUUGUUGUUUACGGUGUUGAGAACGAGAGAAAAGAUGGCCGACGAGAUACGGACGAGAAGUCGACGACGAUUUGCGAGGCUGGGAAGAAAGAUUGCUCCGUGAAAAAAGCUUGCUCCUCGGAAGGGAGGAAGGGGGUGGUUCGAGCGAAAGCGUUGAAAGGUAACGAGGAAAAUCAGGAGGUGAGAAGAGUGACGCGAGGAUCGAUGAAAAUUGGGAAGGAUCUGUCCGUCGGCAAAUUGGUGUGGGGCUAUUGCGCGGGAUGGUGGCCAGCGUUAAUUAUCGAUGCCGACCAUGUAGGAAUGUUGUCCGAGGAAGGGAAAUUAUGGGUUUACUGGAUCGGAGAAGCUCGUAUAUCAUUAUUGAACGAAAAGACGCAGAUCGAACCGUUCUCGUGUAACCUCAAGGCUAGACUGACGCAGAAUUUAAACGUACCGCGAAUUCGUGCCAUUGACGCAACUAUGCAGAUGUUGCGCAAAAAAUUGGGCGGUACUUUGACCAAGCCGUAUUUCACGUGGAUCGAAAGCAAUUUCCCCAAAAAUAUGAUCGAAAUGUUGGACGAAAUCAAGUUUUAUCCGUAUCCGGUAAAGAUGCAACAAAGAUUGGACCAUCUUAGGGAAAAAAACGCAAAAGUAACGGAAAGAUAUUUAUUGGAUCAAAAACGGGAAAAUCAAGAGAAAAAAUUGGCUGAGAAGUCGAAAGAUUCGCCGCAAAAAGUCAACGUAGAUUUGACGCUUUUGCCGUUGAAAGAGCAGAAACCGGGAAUUAUAGCCUGGGCUAAAAUUGCCGGGCACAAUUGGUGGCCAGCGAUGAUUAUCGAUUAUCGCGACUGUUGCAUGCGAGAACCGACGUUCGGUUGCCAAUGGAUCAUGUGGUACGGCGACUACAAACUGUCGGAGGUGCAUCAUCAAUUGUUCUUGAGGUUCGACAAGGGGAUGGAGAAAAUGCGCGACUACACGAGCAACACGAAGAAGCAUAUCUACCUCGUAGGAGUUCUCCAAGCCUCCAAGGAUUAUUGCUCCCGUCUAGGAUUCGAUACCUCCAACUGGACUUUGGACGACGCUUUCGAAUAUUUUUCCAAGCCUAAUCAUUACGAUUACGCGUCGUCUGCGAACACUUGGAGGAGAGAAGACUCGGUCAAGAUCUACGACAAGUACUCGGCCCGCAUCGCGGAAAAAUUGAACGAGCUGAAGGACAAUCCGAACGUGGACGACCAACGGGCCAACGAUAUAAACAACAGCGAUGACCUGCGAUCGGCGAUAAAAGGGGAAAUCUCGUUCGACUCGUUGUGCCUCAAGUGCCUUCGAGUUUCCAACGACGAAAUGGACAUUCAUCCGUUCUUCGAGGGAUCUUUGUGCAAAGAUUGUUCGGUAAAGAACAACUUUUUCUCUUUUCUCGAAUCCUUGCUCCUUCGAGUAUUCUCUAACCAAAAAAAUCUUUGUUCCAGGAACGAUAUAAACCCUUUUUAUUGCACCGUGUGCGCCGCCUCUGGGAUGGUGAUCAUCUGCGACAAAGAAGAUUGUCCAAGGGUUUACUGCACCGCCUGCAUGAAACACCUCCUGUGCCCGACGACUUACGAGCAAGUGCUCCAGGAGGAUCCUUGGGAAUGCUUCCUCUGCAAGUCAAGAUCUUUCACCACAGACACCAUCGUCAGGCCUCGAGCUAAUUGGAAGGACAAGAUAAUCAAUAUGUUCCGUACCAGUUGCGACUCGAAUGUGGAACACCUGGUUGCCAAGCAUAAUUCAGAGAAGAGAAAAAUACGCGUUCUCUCCCUGUUCGACGGCCUUGGCACAGGUUUGCUCGUACUUCUGAAACUGGGCUUCAUCUUCUUUUAUUCACCCUGUGUCUUUUCUUCUCUUCUUCUUUCCUAUUUAUUUAUAUUUAUCCUAUAUUUAUAUAUAUUAUAUAUAUUAUUAUAUUUAUAUACAUAUAUAUAUCCUAUUAUAUAUAUCUUUAUAUAUAUAUCAUUUAUAUUUAUUUUUUUUUUGAUAUACCUCCCUCUACGAGAAGACAGAUGUUUUCAGGUUUACUCGUACUUCUGAAACUUCUUUUCUUCUUCCUUCUUUCCUAUUUAUUUAUUUCUUGUUUCAUAUACCUUCCUCUAGAGGACAGAUGCUUUCAGGUUUGCUCAUACUUUUGAAACUGGGCUUCAUCUUCUUUUAUUCACCCUAUCUCUUUUCUUCUCUUCUUGUUUCAUAUACUUCCCUCUACGAGAAGACAGAUACUUUCAGGUUUGCUCGUACUUCUGAAAUUGGACUUCACCUUCUUUUAUUUACUCUGUGUCUUUUCUUCUCUUCUUCUUUCCUAUUUAUUUAUAUUAUUUAUAUAUCCUAUAUUUAUUUCUUAUAUAGGAUAUAUAUAUAUCUAUAUUUAUUUUUUCUUAUAUAUCUUAUAUUUAUAUAUUUAUUUCUUUUUUGAUAUACCUUCCUCUACAAGAAGACAGAUGCUUUCAGGUUUGCUUGUACUUCUGAAACUUCUUUUCUUCUCUUCUUCUUUCAUAUUUAUUUAUUUCUUCUUUCGUAUAUCUCCCUCUAUGAGAAGACAAAUGCUUUCCUGUUUGCUCUGUGUCUUUUCUUUCUCUUCUUCUUUAUUUCUUCUUUGAUAUACCUUCCUCUACGAAAAGACAAAUAUUUUCAGAUUUGUUUCUGAAACUGGGUUUCACCUUCUUUUAUUCACUCUGUGUCUUUUCUUCUUUUUUUCUUUCCUAUUUAUUUAUUUCUUCUUUCAUAUAUCUCCCUCUAGAAGACUGAUGCUUUCAGGUUUGCUUGUACUUCUGAAACUUCUUUUCUUCUCUUCUUCUUUCAUAUUUAUUUAUUUCUUCUUUCAUAUACCUCUCUCUAAAAGAUAGAUGCUUUCAGGUUUGCUCAUACUUCUGAAAGUGGACUUCACCUUCUUUUAUUCACCCUGUGUUUUCUUCUCUUCUUCUUUCAUAUACCUCCCU